CGCGAUGAAGGUGGAAGCGGGAGACAACUCCAUGAUCAACCUGUCGGUGCAGCAAGUGCUGAGCCUGUGGGCGCACGGCACCGUCCUCCGCAACCUCACCGAAAUGUGGUACUGGGUUUUCCUCUGGGCUCUCUUCUCCUCUCUCUUUGUCCAUGGUGCUGUGGGAGUAUUAAUGUUUGUGAUGCUGCAGAGGCAUAGGCAGGGGAGGCUGAUAUCUGUCAUUGUGGUCAGCAUUGGAUUUCUGGGUUCUAUAACUGGAGCAAUGAUAACCAGUGCUGCAGUAGCUGGAAUUUACAGAGUAGCAGGAAAGAAUAUGGCUCCCUUAGAAGCUCUUGUCUUUGGCGUUGGACAGACAGUACUGACAUUAAUUAUCUCGUUUUCAAGAAUUCUUGCAACACUUUGAGACUUAUGUAGGAGGGGGAAAAAUCAACUAGUUUAAAGAAAUCUUUAAUCUGAAGAGAAGCUUCCUGAAAGUGGAUUCAUCAGCUUACGAACUUGAAUUCUAGUGCAAGAGAAAGGAAGCAAUGUGGAACGUUCACUACAAGUCUAGAGGUUUGGUCAAAUGAACAGACUGUCCUCUAGUGUCUGAACUGUUGUACUUCUGCACUGCGCCUUAUGUGCCUCAGUCAUAGGCAAGGUGCAAUCCAUGUGUGCGAAUUUGAGAUAAAGCACCUUGAAUAGCUGCCAGUCAGGUUAAUGCUUGGUGAUGGGAUCACUGUUCUUAACA